AUGAGGAAGGGCAAAAAGAAGAAGCCAGAGUCCAGACGCCGCGGCUCCACACCCCAGCAUGCCAGCUCGGAGUCGUCCACACCCCAGCACGCCAGCUCGGAGUCCACCCCUCGGCCCAGCCCUGGAUCCACCCCGCAGCCCAGCUCUGGAUCCGUCCCCCAGCAGCCUGCACCCCAGGCUCUCCCAGCUCCAGAAAGCAGACCCUCAGCCCGGGCCCCUGCACCGGCCCUGGGCCGGUUGCCUCCAGACCCUACCACAAAAGCACCCUCUCGAUCCAGGAAAUCAGGGUCUCUGACUCGUGCGGGGCCACGGGCCUUCUGUUCCUGUUCCGCUUGCCCCGGAAGCUCUGCUUGCUGGCGUCGUCUGGGCCUGUGUCACAGCCGCAUCUUUGAUGUCCUUCUUCCUCUACCCUGGCCGACCAUGCCAGGAAGAGGAUUUCCAAGCCUCCUCACUUUCUACAGAGAACCUGCAAGAAAACACUCCACUCAUCGUAAUUCACGUGCUCCAAGCUCUCGGGCCUGCCGCUGUGGCUCUGGGAGCCCUGGGGGCUGCCUGUUACAUCACUGA